AUGUCGACAAUCGCGCCUAAUGCGUUGCAAUCAUCCAAGCCGCCGGCCGUCCCCCUCUCCUUCGAGGCCAGCCAACCCGAGACCAUUCGUCUGUUCCCGCUGUCCAACUACACAUUCGGCGUUAAGGAGACCCAGCCUGAGGAGGACCCCAGCGUGAUGGCGCGGCUGAAGCGGCUCGAGGAGCACUAUACACAACACGGCAUGCGGCGUACCUGCGAGGGCAUCCUCGUCUGCCACGAGCACAACCACCCGCACAUCCUGAUGCUGCAGAUCGCAAAUGCUUUCUUCAAGCUCCCUGGCGACUACCUCAAGCCCGAGGACGACGAGAUCGAGGGCUUCAAGAAGCGCCUGGACGAGCGCCUCGCCCCCGUCGGCAGCCUCAGCGACGGCCAGACCGACGGCGACUGGGACGUCGGCGACUGUCUUGCCCAGUGGUGGCGGCCCAACUUCGAGACCUUCAUGUACCCCUUUGUCCCCGCUCACGUCACACGUCCCAAGGAGUGCAAGAAGCUGUACAUUAUCCGUCUGCCCGAGUCCAAGGUCCUCAGCGUCCCCAAGAACAUGAAGCUCCUAGCAGUGCCCCUCUUCGAACUCUACGACAACUCCCAGCGCUACGGGCCUCAGCUGUCCGCCAUCCCCCACCUGCUCAGCCGCUACAAUUUCGAGUUUGUCGACGAGAGCGGCAAUGUCGUCGCACAGACUCCCUGUGGCAGAAAUGCAGAGAUGCCCAAGGCUAAGGUCGUGGCAGGAGACGACGUCAACAUGCAGGAGGAGGGCGCUGAGUAG